AUGAAUGAUCUGCUUAAAGUCAUCAGUGAAGCCCGCGGAAAGGCCCCGGAAGAGCGUGCCGCGGCAAACAUAGAGUUUGAGGAUAUCAUAUUCGAGGCUUCAGAGCAUGCAGAGCCAGGGCUUAAGAAACAGCACAUACAACAGAUAAACUUGCGGUCCCUCCCACGGGGGCAAAAGAAGACCGCCCCGUCUGUCGCUAAGCUCAAGGACGGGGUUGAUGGGGUUGAUGUUCCAUGGCUUCCUCAAGAGCAGUUGCUGAAGCUGGCCAAUCUUCCCUACUUGACCAGGCUCAACCUGGAGAUUCUCCAGUACGUUGCAUACUGCACACUGACAGAGGCAGAAAAGGCUGCAAGGGAGUAUGUCCUUGGCCAGCUGAGAGAUAUAAUUCAGCUUGUACUUCCAGAUGCCACCGUCGAUGUGUUCGGAAGUUACUCGACGGGUAUGUCCAGCUAUUCUUCCGACUUGGACAUCUGUGUUAACGUGCCUGUGAAUAGUGCUGCUAUGAUGCAGUGCCAUAUGCAUGACAUCGCAACUCUCUUGCGGCGCUCCAUCUCAACCAACUAUGUUGAUGUGAGAAGUCAUGCACGGGUGCCUAUAAUUAAGGGUGUCCACAGUGAGCUGUCUUUGGAGUAUGACAUAUCGUUUAACUCCCCUCAUGGCGCGGCCCAUAGGGAAACUAUACUAGGAUAUAUAGAAAAGCACCCCUUGGCGCGCAUCCUUAUCAUGGUGGUCAAGUCAUUCCUUAAGAAGCGAGGCUUAAAUCAACCCUAUACUGGUGGAAUGAGCUCCUAUAUUCUCUUGCAGCUUAUAGUCGUGUAUAUCUCAGAGAGACACAACGUGUUCCCAUAUUCCAUAACCGGCGAAAACCUCGCUCUACUGGAGUCAGGUGAAGUAGACCCCGAUCAGCCCGCCAUAAGUAGCAUGGACGAAUCCAACUCAAACUUGCUAAUUAGAGAGAAGCGGACGCAUGUAAGGAAGAAGGAUCAAGGCCAGACAUCCAUGGAGUUCGAACUUCUGACCAAUAGGUUCCACGCCGCGUCUCUCAUAGAGUUUUUCGAGCUGUUUGGGACUAUUUACAACGCAGAAGACUUGACCAUAUACACCAAUCCUCGGGGGAACGAGUCCUUUGUUUCAUCUCGGAGGACGUCCGGCUACUAUCACCAGAGCAUUAAAGGGGGGUCCGCCCCCUUUCUAAGCAUAUUGAACUCUCAUGAUCCAACCAGCGACUGCGCGGGCGGGGUGACUAGAUACAAGUACAUUAGAUCAUCCUUCGAACUGGCUUACUUCUACCUCCUCCGCAACCACAGCGGGAGCAUCCUCAGCUUUCUUGUCGAGGUCGACUUUACUUCAAUGCACACUAGAGAAAAGUGUAAGGAGUGGUACGAUGCCAAGAGUGACACCGCAGCCCAGGACUGGGCCGCACAAUUAGAAGCUCUGAUAGUUACGCGGGCGUCUUCCACACCAAAUGACUAUAGCUUUCACUCAGUGAACAUGAACGAGGUCGACUUUGAGGAGGACCUUGGCGAGGACGCGAUCGAUAUAUCCAGCACCUCUUCUUCUUAG